CGAACCCUUAGAAAAAGCUAUAAUGACAAUCGAAGAAGCAAACCUUUCUGAAGAAAUUCUUGAGGAAACACUUGCCAAAGUCCAAGAAAGAAAGAAAGAGCUAACAGCAGAAGUUCAUGACGGAGAAGCAUCUCAACCAUCUGGUUCCAUGUUUGGAGCAAAAAAUUCAUCACCAAAACCUUCAGACGAAGUUCAGCAGGAAGAGUUUCAGCACCAACCAAAAGAAGAUUCUGACAAGAACCAACACCACUCAACAACAACUAAAGGCAUCCAAGUUACGUUGAUGGAGGGAUGUCAAUUGCAAAAUUUAAUGCUACAAAUGGCUCCUAGUCCUCAUCCUCAACAUGCUGGAACAUCCUUUUCCAGUCUUUUAACUGCCGUGGAUGUUGCUGAAACUUUGUCUCCUAUAAGGGAAACUUUCUACUCUCAGUCACCUAAGCAGAAUAACAGCUCUUCAUUCCAACAACAUCAGUUCAGUUUUUCCCGAGAUGGUCUUGACACUAAUAUCUACUCGAAUGGUGAUUCAUCAGGAGUUAAUCAAACUUCACAAGACAAUGAGAUCAACACAUUUAGAACUGAUAAUGGUUAUAAUAAUCUUCCUGCUUCAGACUUGAUUCCCCAGAAUUUUGAGCUUCCACCUUCAUCAGCAAGCUUCCAAAUGCCUUAUCAUCAAAUUCAGAUCCCUAUGCAGCUACAAGCCCCUUACUAUCAAAUAUCUCAGCAAAUGCCACUAGGAAGCAACAGUAACGAAUCGCGAUUUAGUGAUCAACAAUGGUGUAAUCAGAGAACUCUGCAGCAAAAUCCAACUGCCUUUGGACAAAGAUCGAGCUCUCUGAACUUGCUAAAUUCAGUUUCUGGACUGAAUAACAUAUAUAUAGAUUCAAGACCACCAAAUUUGCAAUUGAAUCACCAGGCAAUUUCUGGAUUUUCAUAUUCAAAUCAGUCAAUGGGAAGUCGAAGCAAUAUGGGGACUUGUCUUUCUCUGAAUUUACAAGGGCGGUUUGCAAACUUUUCUCCGCAGGCACAUUUUGAGGUGGAAGGAUCACCCGUUUCUGCUCAAAAGAGAAAAUUAUCAUGGGAAGAUGAUUUAUUUGUGAGCCUAUCAAGUUACCAGGAUGAAACUUCAGCAUCUAACAAUGCAAUCUUUUCGGCUCCUAUUCCUAGACCUACAAGAAAUGCAGUUUAUCAUACUGCAUACGAAUUAAUGGGCUUACCCAUUGACCCUCAUUGCCGGAAUUUCCAAGAAAUGCUUAGAAAAGAAGAUGUGAACCGGCAGCAUGGAAAUCGGUGAGAAAAAGGAAAAGUUGGAUUAAAAGCUCCAUUCUAAAAGGAUAAUUUGGUAAAAUGACAAGUUACAAGUCAAGUGAACAAAAUAGCCCAAAGG